CGGAGCGGCUCUCGGAGCAGAGGCUGAGCGGGCUCCCCGUUUCCAGCCGCCCCGUGGCGAAGGCACGGACCAGGGCGUGCUGGCUGCUGUCAUGCCCUCUGUGUUUCCAGCGGGGCCCUUGGCCACAGCAGCCCCCAAUGCCACGGUGGCGGCAGCAGCGUGGGCCAACACCAGCGUGCCGGAGAUGUCGCUGUUCCACCUGUUUGCCCUGCUGGACGAGGAGCUGCACACUGCCUUCCCUGGCCUGUGGCUAGCGCUGAUGGCGGUGCACGGCGCCAUCUUCCUGGUGGGGCUGGUGCUCAACGGGCUGGCGCUGUACGUCUUCUGCUGCCGCACCCGGGCCAAGAUGCCAUCGGUCAUCUACACCAUCAACCUGGUGGUGACCGACCUGCUGGUGGGCCUGUCCCUGCCCACACGCUUCGCUGUCUUCUACGGUGCACGUGGCUGCCUGCACUGUGCUUUCCCGCACGUCCUCGGCUACUUUGUCAACAUGCACUGCUCCAUCCUCUUCCUCACCUGCAUCUGUGUGGACCGCUACCUGGCCAUCGUGCGGCCCGAUGGCUCCCACCGCUGGCGCCAGCCCGCCUGUGCCAAGGCCGUGUGUGCCUUCGUGUGGCUGGCCGCCGUUGCCGUCACCCUGUCCGUGCUGGGUGUGACCACUGGCAGCCGGCCCUGCUGCCGGAUCUUCGCGCUGACCGUCCUGGAGUUCCUGCUGCCGCUGCUGGUCAUCAGCGUGUUCACGGGCCGCAUCGUGUGCGCGUUGUCGCGUCCGGGCCUGCUGCGCCAGGGCCGCCAGCGCCGUGUGCGGGCCAUGCAGCUGCUGCUCACGGUGCUUGUCAUCUUCCUCGUCUGCUUCACGCCCUUCCACGCCCGCCAGGUGGCCGUGGCGCUGUGGCCCAACAUGCCGCACCACACAAGCCUCGUGGUCUACCACGUGGCUGUGACCCUCAGCAGCCUGAACAGCUGCAUGGACCCCAUCGUCUACUGCUUUGUCACCAGCAGCUUCCAGGCCACCGUCCGCGGUCUCUUCCGCCGGCGUGGAGCAGAGCGCGAGCCUGGCAGCGGCGACCUGAUAAGCAUCCACAAGAGCUCCAAGGGCUCAGGCCAGCACCACGUCCUCAGCACUGGCCCUUGUGUGCUCACCCAGGCCCUGGCUAACGGGCCUGAGGCUUAGUCAGGAGGACUCUGCAGGGGCCAAAGGUCAGGGCUCAGCUGGGCAUGCCAACCCAGAC